CGAGAAAACGUAGAGAAAAGGAAAAAUUAGGGUUUUGUUGGUAGAUCUACCAAAUGGCCUUCGCUAAUCGACUCCGAUCCAGCCUCCCUCUCCAAGUCCUCGUUAGCAAGGUUCUCAGAUCGGAACCAGUCUCCGCCACCGCCCAGCGGGCAGUAGUUUGCCCUACUUUGUCCAAAACCAAUAACAAAUCCGAUGAAUCGUCAAGGAACUUCGAUUCUAUUUCCUCUAAGAAUAACAAGGAAGAGAAGGUGAAGUUGCCUUUGGUUUUGUUUGGGGGGUAUGGGAAAUAUGCGUUUGCUUUGUACAUUGCUGCAGUGAAAACUGAUUCCUUGGACAAAGUCGAGUCUGAGAUUCUCGACUUUGUUCAGUCUAUCAAGAACACUCCUGAGCUUUCUCAGUUCACCAAGGAUCCGACGGUGCCUGCUCGUUCUAGAGUGAAGGCAAUGGCAGAGAUUUCGUCUCAGUUUGAACAUUCAGAGACUACAAAGAACUUCUUGGCUGUGUUGGCUGAACAUGGAGGUCUGAACCACGUUGAAGCCAUUGCAAAAAAAUUUGUAGAGUUGACUAUGGCACAUAAGGGAAUAGUGGAAGUUAAUGUGACUUCUGUGAUUCCCCUACCUGCUGAAGAGGAGAAAGAAUUGAAGGAGACAAUGCAGGAGAUACUUGGACAGGGGAAGACAGUGAAGCUUGAACAGAAGAUCGAUCCGGGGAUUCUAGGAGGUAUUGUGGUAGAGUAUCAGCAGAAGAUGGUGGACAUGUCCAUCAAGACUAGGGCACGCCAGAUGGAGAGGUACUUGCGGGAUCCCAAAAAUUGGGACGAGCUCCUCCUCUGAACGGUGCGUAUCAGUUGUUGUCACACAGCUUAUGAAAGGAGGAAGGUUUUGAUGCAUGCUUUGAAUUCUGUUACAAAUCUUGGUAAAUCCAUUUGCUUUCAAAUAAGCUUUAUUUUACCAUGUUGAACUUUACUUCCAGGAUCCACUUAAUUAAAAUAAAAAUAAAGACUAUUUUUUCAACUGUGUAAUAACAUGC